AUGUGACUUGUCAAUAACAGUCGUUGACCUUUAAACUCCCAUUCUUUAAGUUUGAAUUCUCAGGUAAGGAGCCUUUGAAAAGCAAACACACCGGUAUUACAUAUACGAUGCCUUUCCGGUUUUACCUGAGUCUAGAUAAAUUUAUUCAAAAGAGACUAUCUUCCCGGUCUAUUUUAGGAGGGUUUACCGGACACAGACAAGGAUCAUUCUCGCCCAGUGGCGAUACCUUGUUUAUAAAAAGACAUUUUAACCUAACGGGUUGUUUGACCUAUUCAAACAAGAGGAACCACCUGUGAUGUUGUCCUUUCUGAUGCUCGCGAGCGUUCACACUUCACGCGAGACGGAAGGGGUUUGUCGCUGUGUGAUGAAACCUCGCUUGAAAGAGAACCAGGAUUGAAAGAGGUUCUCCAAGCGUGCAUACAGCGUAAUACGACAAACCGAUAUUUCAUAAACAGCGCUCUCCUCACUCACUACACAGCUCAUGACUUGACACUGGGACAGAUAACCAGACGUACAGUAGACGGACCGGAGCUCGCCAAUACACUGCCUUGUUAAAAGGGUACCUCCUGUCUCGUGCACGUGUAUGUGUGUGGUUCCCCCUACCCUCCCGGGACAUACGUUUUUACUGGAAUAUACUAUACUGUCUGUAGCCAACAUGGGAAGGGACGUGUGUUUUGGUGCUAAGGCUAAGCCCAACAACAGAACACAGGUGAAAAAUAUACAGAUGAGCCAGUGGGAACGGACACGACAGCUGGAGCGUCCAGCACGCAAGACAUUUCGAGGGUCGGUUCUAGUUACCUUGCUGCUGGAAAAACACCCAAAGCGAUUUAGGAGCAGAGUCUCAGCUUCUUUAUUUGCUAAAAAAUUAUUUCGGGAAGGUAAGAUAUCCAGUGUUCAAGGAAUAAGUGCUUUUGAGGAUUCCGACCAAACUUUCUACUGGAGUGAUAGUGAAUAUCGGAAACAAUGGAACUCUGCAAAAUAUUCUCCGUCAGUGCCUGCAUAUGACGUAAAAAAUAACAGGAAUUUUGGAAAAAUUGUGGAGUCUGACGAUGAAACAAUCGUAGAAAGUGUAAAAGGCGAAUUAAGUUCCCAACCGAAACAAUCAUCAGUUUUAAAAACUCUUAUAAAACAACUUGAAGGGGAUUUUCCAGACUCGAAAGAAAACGAAACAAAACCAAAAGUGUUAAAUUCUAAAUCUUAUGAUGGCGAUAUAACCUCUAGUGACUCCUUUACGGAUUCUGUUACUCAACGCUACAAUAAAUUCAAAGACAGGACGCGAUUCGGGGGUGGUGUGGCGUUUCCCAUGGCGUCACGAGACCAUGAUGUCAUUCCCGAGGAGGAUCCCUCCCUGGAUAAAACGGGAAACUCAUUAGAACUGGAGCUCACGCCAAGGAAUUCGGAACAAUCGAGCGUGCUAGAACAACCGAUACAUUCCGAACAGAUUCGAGUUUCCGAACAAUCGAGGAAUUCAGAGCAGCCGAGGGCAUCUGAAACGCCCACACGACGAUGGCUUGACGGACAAAAUUCCUACUCUGACAACGAGAAACAGCUUAUUGAAGAGAUGAAGCGGAUGAAAGAGGAUCAUUCGGUAACCCUCACUGCUUAUGAGGAGCGAAUCAAAGAUCUGAUGGAGCGGAUGCACGAUCUCAGAGGAAUUGCUGAAAUGUUGGAAAACUCCAGUAAUAAAUCAUCUCCCUAUGGGAUCCUUCCGCCCAGAUCUAGUUUCUUUAACUUCAUAGGUUCUAGAUUGGAACAGGAGAGAAGAAAUGCGACAGCACCGCUGGGGAGCGAUACCGAAAUACCACCUCCUCUUCCCCCACGUCCGGGCCGAACCAACAAAGUCUACCCCAACAAACCCAUUAUUCAUCCUAAAGUGAAGAUGAAACCGCUAGACUGGACAAGGAUUAUCAUCAAAGACACAUCGGAAGGAACCCCUUCUACAAUUUGGCACACAAUGGUCGAACCGAAACUGGAAGCUGAAGAAGCGGAAAGGUUGUUCCAGAGCGCGGAGACUGCGGAUAUUAAAUCUCUUUAUGAUGACAUCGCCAGAGUAAGGGGCAAGACGAAACAGCAGCUUGUAACAUUACUGGAUGUUGAAAAGUCUCGACGAGCUGUCUACACUAUGAAGUCGCUUCCAUGUUCUAUGAACGAUGUUAUUAGCGUUGUGACGUCUCUAGAAACGAAACAAAUUAAUUCUGACAGAUUUGCAGAACUGCUCGAACUCAUUGGUGGAGGAAAUGAAAUAGAGAAGGUUCAGUUCCACGUUCGACGGAAAACGUCAGCGACCCUGGACUACCCUGAGUACAUGCUUUAUGAGAUGUCCAAGGUUAGUCACUGCAAGGAGCGUAUGGACUUCCUCAGGUUUAGAUACAGGGUACAAUGGCAUCUGUUUGAAACUGAACAACAACUGAAAGAACUUCACACAGCAUGCGAGGAGGUUACUAAUAGUUCUGCUCUCAAAAAUCUGCUCCAGUCCCUGCUUGCUGUUGGUAAUUAUCUAAAUGGCAGCUCGGAAAACGGCCAAGCAGACGGGUUUGGUCUGGAAGUCAUGAACAGACUCAAGGAAGUUCAGGACAGGGACGCAAAGGGUAACCUGCUGGAGUUUGUGUUAAAGUUGUACUGCCAAUGUUAUGAGGUAGAAAUAGAGCUAGGAUGUCCAACCAAGUUCCGUCUCCCAGAACCUUCUAAUAUGAGACACGCAGCACAGGUAUCAUUCGAUAACAUCCACGAAGCUCUAUCAAAUAUGAAAGCUGAAGUAAAGAGUACGAGAGAAAGGUACCUAGUCAUGUCAACAAAAGACACGACGGAUCCCAGGGAUAACUUAUGGACGACCACUGAAAACUACCUGACCUGUGCGUUGGAGAUCAUUUUGGAAGAGGAGCGCCUUCUGCAAGACACGCGUUCUUAUUUCCGGCGAACUACCGCCUACUUUUUAAUGGACACUGACACGGCUACACCUCAGGAAUUCUUCCAGUUGUGGGCGACCUUUCUACAUGACUGCAAGUACUACUGGAAACUAGCACAUCGUAAACUAGGCAAGGAACGUUUCGAGAUUGACUUCAAGCACAGAGGACAAUUGGCGGCAAUGUUUGGCCACAAGUUCAUGGAUACGGUUCAGAACACCAAUGGCACACGCGGACCUACAUCCGUUCAGAAGGGAGGAAGUAAUUCUGGGAAGGAUGGCACGCUCCCCCGCCAGGGGGCACUGGUCAACGGUUACUCAGAUAGUCACUACACAGACAAAGCUGUGGUUAGUGCAACAUCAAAGGAUGUGUCUGCCACGUAUAAAUCUCAUCUAAGCUCUCUUCAGGAAUCUCAUUCACCAAAACAAUUAACAUGUGAACCUCCCUCUUCCGGUCUUCACAAGCCCCUCCCCAAAGCUGCCUCAACUACCUCAGUGCCAUCAGAAAACGGAUUUCCUGGCGCUCACAACUACGAAAACCACGAGGAUAUGGAGAGAUUGGCCACUGAGUCUCGCUCAGGCACAUCACAGUCGGAUACGUUAGAAUGGGCCGGGAAAAAGACCGAUAAACAUCAAUUUCCUCUGGUGUCGUGGUCCAAACGGGAACCUGGUAAACAAAACAAUAGUGGCGAUAGUAAGACUAGUGCCGAUUAUUCCCACCAGAUGGCUGAGCGACAGCAGACAUCUACACAAAACUCUACCUCAUUCUCUAAGUUUAAAAACUCUGUUGUGCAGACAUUUACGCACUCGCCAACCACAUCCGGCAAACGGACUGCGGAAGUUGCAGGAUUACAGGAAAAUAUGGACAUACCACACAGCUCAUCAAUGACGUCAAUACCAUCUUAUAUGCCCCUUCGUGUCGUGGUGUCUGAGAAUGAGAUUAGCCCGUAUGUUACGAGUAUAGGUAGAGACAGUAGACAGGCAACCUCCCGGUUUCAUGAAUCUCAAAAAUACGCAACACAGCCCGGAGGUAGUUUUUCACGGGAUUAUCGGACGAAUUCUGCUGAACGCAGGAACGUGUUUGACAGUCGUAUAAUGACGACAGGAGGAGGUAAGGGACGAACGGGCUCUAAUGUAUCAACGGAGUACGCCGGACUGUACCACACGCCACCGUUCCAUGCACAUGUAGACAAGGAUGGUUACUCAUCUCCUAGCAUUAUCGCUAACGCAUUCGAUAAAAGUGAUAUAAAUAACAAUACAACUCCAAAGAAUGCAAACCGCGACCCUACAGCAAACGGUGUGAAUAGGACACGCGCGCCUAUUCUUCUUGGCAGCAAUGUUAGUAUAUCUGACGCAUACACACCAAACGACAGGGAUGGGCUCCCAACAAGGCAUCCCGUAUUCGAACAAGGUGUCAACCGAAGGACUGAUAAGCCCACACACGUAUUUCAACACAUUCCACCAAGUGUUCCGUCAUAUAGUGCAAAGCGUUUUAACAAUUAUGAAAACCAGGGUCGACUAGAAACAGGACCAGCCGUCAAACACAGAGCAGACCCGGUUACGUUCCCUUCUACAACAGUUACACCGUCGUCGCAACCGCCUGUGAUGUCACAUAUGAACACAUUUCCAUUAACUAGCAGAUCUAGUGUCACUCCUACCAGUUCACAAAAUUUUCCUAGUAGUACGCAAAGUACUCCGGCAAAAAAUCUCGCUUACCAUCGAGUGCAUGAAACGCCGAUUGUGCAAGAAACAACUCCGGUUCCUAGUACUAGACAGCCACCAGCUAAGCCUUCGCGAAAUUUACCUUUGAACUUUGGUCAAGAUAAUAGAAAGGACGAGAAAAAAAUGGCUACCUCUCUUGAUAGACUGGAUAGAAAUGGACAUUCUGUUCCAUCUAUAUCAACUCUCAUAAAUCGAUUUGAGAAAAAACAAAACUUGCUAGAGGCUGUUAAUAAUGAGGAGAAAUUGUUAGCUAACGAUCCAGCAAAAUUGCUUGCAAUGACUUCGACACCAGUGAUAUACAAGAACCCCCCGGGGGUGGACCAAGAUGACAGUGAACCCCCUCCAGUGCCACCCAGGUCGGACCACAGUUUCCAGGACAAUUAUCCGUCCGACAGUUUGGACAGUCGGUCAUCUCGUGGACACGGGCGAAAGGUUGACAAUCUGCAAGACAGCCAGAAUAUGUCAAAUUUUGAUUCAAAUGUUGGACAAAAAUAUUCUUUUGGAGACACAAACCCCAUAGCACUGCUUAGCAGUGUAGCCAAAUCUAACCAUGUACGACAGGAGACAGGGUUGAGUGAUCAAGAUGACGGGUACCGGGAACGAUUACGGAAAGUCGCGGCCAGUAGCACAGUGUUCGAACGACACAACAAACACCUCACUCCGCAGUUCCAUAAACAGGGCAAUCCAGUGCAGUUUAGCACACCCCAGUACAAUCGCCAAAACAGUCAAACAACAGUGAUGUCGUUGAACUCUUCUCAGACGUAUAGUCGCCAAAGUAGUAUAAAUCAAUCACAGCCUCUCUCACAGCCUCUCUCACAGUCUAUCUCACAGCAAAACAGAACUAACGGCGUCACACAACAAACGCCACAGAACUCCAGAACUAAUGGUGCGCCAGCGCAACCUUCCCGCACUAACGGAAAUGUUCUAACGGUAACAAACAAACUAGGAUUAAAUCACAGUCAGUUUAAAAAUAAUCACGAGUCAACAACGCAGUCACAGGCUGCACAGCCACAGUUUUCUAAAGAUAAUACUCUUCAGCAACGGUUAGAAUCGGAUGGCCGGAUUCCAGCUAGUGCAAUGGCCGUCGUCUCUCCCACACUAGUGCAUCAUGGUAGUAUUACGUUCAUGGCGAUAUAAAUGAAAAAUUCAAUUCUAUUGACAAUGUUUUUUAAUAUAAGCAUAUAUUCGGUGAACUUAACGUUUUGUUAUGUAACAGAUACUAGACUUUUCUAUAGCUUCUUUUGAAUCAUGUCGUCUAGAUACUGUCCCUUUGACCCUUUUCUUACUGACUUUCCACUUGAAUCGAUUCCAUCUUUUUAUAUAAGUUAAAAGACUGAAAGACGUUUUGAAGAACUUGUAGAUUGGCUCCUGCUGGUUUUUGGUAUUUCUAGGCUCAUUUACAUUUAUGACGGGUGUAAAAAUUGCUAUACUGUAAAGAUUGUUUUCGUGGGAUCCUAAUUUUUGGGAUUGUCGCGGAAAACAUCUUUCCUCGAAAAAUCCCGUGAAAUUAACAGAAAAUUAGUUCAUCCUUCCUUUAGCACUAUCUGCGUAAGAAAAUUAACAUGAAAAUCGCGAAAAAACUCCCUUGCCAUUGACAGUAUGGUUCUAUGAUGCAAUCUCAUUGUGGUGUGAUACAAUUAAAACUCUACCUUGGUGUUUAUAGAUCAACCAGCAGCACAUACUUUAAUGGCCUGUUAAAAUGACCACCACAGUUUUUUUUAUAUCGUUCAUAAAUAGGAAUUACCGAAAACUAGCGACGAACCUCACAUUAACGUUAAUCCAACUCUUACAGAAUGUGAAGAAUUGAUACUGUUUCGCUUAAUUCAGAAUACUAUUUUUAUUAUAUGAUUUGUUUUCGUUAUUUAUUUACAUAAUGCUGUGAAAUAGGAACAUCAACUAAACGUUUUGUUUGAAAAAUAUCAACAUUUUAAUGAACUGCAACAUCAUUUUUUGGUCACGCAUAACUUUUAAGCGGUUAACUUAAAACCCACUAAAUCCAGUGACGAAUUCUAGAAAUGACUCGAUGAAAACAGAGAGUAGACUUAAACAUAGUUUAAGUCAUAUCAAAGUAGGUUAUAUAUUUGUAGUAUAUAAUUAUUAAUAUAUUCAGCACAUUGUUUGUCUUGUUCCUUAUUUCGCCUUUUCGACAUGAUAAGAUAGUUGUGUGUUGGAUUUUGUUAAUUAAUCUAGUCAAUGUGUGAAAUACCUAGCUAACCAUUGUAUACACUCACCUCUAACUGACCUCUACCUGACCUCUAACGUGUUAUCAACUGUUGUAUAGAUGAUAUUAUGAAUUGAAGAUAUUGAUUACGCCAUGAUGAUAAUCCCAAAAUCUGCAUUAUUUCUGUAAUUGUUGAUUUUGAUACUCACAACAAUUAGUUAGCGUAGCUAAUGAAAUGAAUUUAUACCUUAUUCAAACCAAGUUUGAUCUCAUUUAAAAAUUGUUGUGAAAGUCAAUAGCAGAACACGAAUUGUAAUCUUAAUUCUUAAAUUUAAGAAAACAUGCUCAUAAUUAAAAAAACUGGUUUAUAUAUUAUAGGAUACAUUGUGAAAUUAAAUCCCACGCACGCUCGUGAAAGUUUCAUGAAUGAAAAAAAGGUCGCUGAAUGACACAACAGUUCGUUGUUUUAUUUAAUUGAUAAUUAGGCCGACAUGUGUUUGGAUUACACAUGCAUUUCAACAUUUUGUGCAACAGGUUCCAAUUCAGUAGAUUCGACGAAAUUUAAUAAUCUUGCAUAAUAAACUCCAGUUUAUUUAUACGUGAAUUGGUUUAUGCGACCUGCUAUUGUAAUUGAGGAAGUUAAAGUGCUGUUUUAAUGAGGAUAAAUAGCAUUAUAUGUCAUUGAAAUAUUUUGAAAUUAAGAUUGAGAAUUACCUUCAGGCGCUCACCUGAUGUCGAAGAUAUGUUUAACAAUAUACUUUUUAUUUUGUAUUGCUAUCAUUUAUUUUUACUUUUGUCCAAAGGACAUGUGACACAUGCGAACAAUGAAAGCAGCAUUUUCCAUUUUGUCAUAUUUUUAUACUUCAUUUAUGAACAACACUAAUAAAAGUGGUUCUUAACUUGA